AUGUUCCUUGCUGGAGGAUCCCGGGAACCUGCACUAGAGCCAGAACCAUUCUCGAACCUCUCUUUUCGCGACAACUCCAAUCGAGGCCGUCAAACCUACACUGCGAGUACCCACGCAACAGCGCCGCAGCAGUUCAUGGGUGCGGAUAGUGCCUCUACCUCUGCCGCACUACCGUCUGCCCUGACAGACGCCCCGCUCUCUCGAGAUGGUCCCUUCAAAAGAACCAAAAGACCUCAAAGUCACAGGUUCCGAGCGGAGACCGAGGCCGAGAAGCACUCAACAAUCUUCUACAUAUUACCAUUACCCAUGGUUCAAGGUGCGGAAGUGCCCCACCAGAUCUUCGGCUACUUUGGGCCCCGAUGA